GCGUCGUCUUUGUAGCGAGCAGAGUGGAGUCAGAUCACGCAAUUGUGUCUUCCCUCUUCCCCGAAUCCUUUCUAAAUUCCCUCCCGAACCUUUCCCCUUCUACCCUCUAAACCCUACCCCUCCCCUGAACUCAUCGCCGGGGUCGGAACAGGUUUAACUUGGGUGACCAAAGACUAUUUCGUGGAAGCAGGUAUCUCCCCGAAGCGCAGGGAUGGACUCCAGUGUGAUUGAAGGUGGACUUAAUGUCACUCUCACCAUCAGGCUGCUCAUGCACGGCAAAGAGGUCGGCAGCAUCAUCGGGAAGAAAGGUGAAUCCGUGAAGAAGAUGCGUGAGGAGAGUGGAGCUCGAAUCAACAUCUCGGAAGGGAACUGCCCAGAGCGCAUCAUCACCCUGGCAGGACCCACCACGGCCAUCUUCAAAGCCUUUUCCAUGAUCAUCGAAAAACUCGAAGAGGAUAUCAGCAGCUCCAUGUCCAACAUCACGGCCGCCUCGAAGCCUCCGGUCACGCUGCGCAUCGUGGUGCCGGCCAGCCAGUGCGGCUCUCUGAUCGGCAAGGGUGGCUGCAAGAUCAAAGAGAUCAGAGAGUCUACUGGAGCUCAGGUACAGGUGGCUGGUGACAUGCUGCCUAACUCGACUGAAAGAGCCAUAACUAUUGCUGGGACGCCUCUCUCCAUCAUCGAGUGCGUCAAGCAGAUCUGUGUGGUCAUGCUGGAGUCUCCACCCAAAGGCGUCACCAUCCCGUAUCGACCCAAACCCUCAGGUUCGCCUGUGAUCUUCGCUGGAGGACAGGCAUAUGCGGUGCAGGGACAGCAUGCCAUUCCCCAGCCUGAUCUGACUAAACUACACCAGUUGGCCAUGCAGCAGAGUCCGUUUCCCUUGGCCCCGACCAGCCAGGGCUUCACUGCUGGAUUGGACGCCACCACACAGACCGGCUCUCAUGAACUGACCAUUCCAAACGACUUGAUCGGCUGCAUCAUCGGCCGUCAGGGUGCCAAGAUAAACGAGAUCCGGCAGAUGUCUGGAGCUCAGAUCAAGAUCGCCAAUCCUGUCGAGGGCUCCAACGACCGCCAAGUCACCAUCACUGGCUCCCCGGCCAGCAUCAGCCUGGCGGAAUACCUCAUCAAUGCCAGACUCUCGUCCGAGGCGACAGGACUGGCCGCGAACUGAUUUCACGCCACCAUGUCCCCCCCACCCCACCCCACACACACACACACAUACACACUCGUACGUACACACACACACACACACACACACACACACACACACGCUUGCGCUCUCACUUUCUGAGCUAAAAAAAACAAAAACACCUUAAAAAAAAAAGCAACCAAGUUAUUUUGGACCCGCUUCUGUCCUCUCUCCCCACGCAGGCUGUGCUUCAUAAAUAAAUGCUUCAUGAAUAUAUUUUCUGGAAGUAAAUAUGCAUAGGUAUUUUAUUUAUUUAUUUCACGGACACGUGUUUUUAAACUCCCUUCCUGCGUCCUAGUUUUUAACGUUUUUUUUUUGUUGGUUUUCUCGGUGUAUCCUGUUGUACGCAGAUCGCAGAUUAUGGUUAAAAGUCAUGUUUUUUUUUUCUCUGUAAGGGGGGUCUGACGCAAACCGCGACUAACGAUAGAUAAAUUGACGGCUUUUUGAGUGUAUAGAAACUGCAUAGAAAUUUUGUCUAUUUAUUUUGUAAUUUAUAUUUAGAAACCUGCAGAUGUUCGGGGUCCGGAUGCUCUCGUGCACACGAGCUCCGUCACAUGUUCGCCGUUUUUCUUAUACAUUUUUUUUUCGUUACAUCUGAUGCGCGAGGCGUUUCGGUGGAUUUCAGGCUGCGGCGGAUCCGUCGAUCGAUGGUCAAUCGAUCGUCCGAUGUUUUGUCAUUCCUGUACGUUCAGUGCUCGUUCUCUCCAGAAGCUAAAGGCCGUUUCGAUGAAUUGACGAUUGAUUAUUACUGAUUACAAUAAUAAUAAUGAGUUGAUGACGUUUCUUUUAAACAGAGAGAAUUUUUUUUUUUUUUAGAAACAUAUCGGGGUGGGGAGCCGGCACAAAGGAUUCCAAACUGACCUGUUGUUGUUUAUAUGGUGCAACUGAUCGAACUAGAAGGAAUUAUUCUAGAAGUAACACUAGUUUCCUCUUUUUCUCAAUUUUGCUUGGUUACUAUUUUUAUUUUGUAAAGGGAAAAAAAAACCUUUUUGUGCACGUUUUCAAAAUAUUCUAGAUUUGAAGUGCGACAGGAAUGAAGAAUUAUAAAUGCAAAUUAAAAACGAUGUGAAAUGCUAAAACUA